UCUGGCUCGAAUCUCGCACCGACAUAUGGUGAAUUCGUUACGGCAUUCCAGAACGAGAAACUCUCUAAGGGUAGCUACACCAUUCAUGGACCUCAGGUCUUAGCUCUGGCCGAACUAAUCGCUGAAACGGUGAAGAUCAAUGAAAAGCUUGCGAGAUUGAGUGGCUCCUCGGUCAGUGACAACGCUGCUGCAGGUUUGUGA